UUAUCAAAGUUGUAACUUACAGUUACUUUUUUUCGCAAUAAUCUGUGCACGUUUUUUGUCGUCUUUGUGCUUGUUGAAUUUUUUUUUUAAUUUACAAAAUGAAUCGAUACAAUCGCGUCUAUAGAGAUCCCGGAUCUCCACUGGCGCCAUUAACGCCGCUCGGCACCGAAGCUUUCACAUUUGACGAUGCCACGCCCACUGGAGAAGGUGGUAGGAAGAACACCGCGAGAUAUGGACUUUUUGGGAUCCCGACGGCCAAUAAUCUUACGGUUCCAUCACGCCGGCCACCGCCUCCUACGAAAAGUUUAUCAAAUGCUAGUUUUCCUAGGCGUUUUUCGAAAGAAUUCAUGCGCACGCGAUCGGUGUUUUCGCCCACGAGUCAAAGUACCCUAUAUGGAGAAUCCUCUUUGGCCGGAGAAUCCUGCAUUCCGGUAGAUUCGAAAUUACAGACGAAGAUUGAGAGGCAGGAUACCCGGCUGCAGCAGGAAAUACGGCUAAAACAGGAGAAAUCAAAGAUAAAAAGAGAGGCGUCCAUGUCGAAAAGUGCAGCAUCCAAGGUGAAAUCGGAGGACACCAAGAGCCCCAAGCCCAGUAUUAUGCAUCCACGCUACAAACCCGGCUCCCCCGUGGAGCACCCCACGUUGAGCCCCCGUGUUAAGUCCCUGCUUAGCCGCACUGGAAAUGAACAUCUUUCCGAACUGUUCACUCGCCAGGAGAUCGACAUCGAGGUGCUUAUCCAAAUGACCCUGGAGGAUUUAGCGGCGCUGGGCGUUCGCGGUGCCCGGGAGAUCAGAUUGGCCUUGAACAUUAUCCAGUUGGCCAAGCAAUUCUUUUAAUUCAUAUUAUAUGUCUCUUACACGUUCACGCAAAUUUUAAGAGUUUUAUGUAUUCUGGAUUUAAAUUUAUAUGUUAGUUUUAAAUAAAUGUUUAAUGUGGAAAUCAAA